AUGCGCAAGCAAGUUCUUGACACAGGCACACAGCGGGACGGGAGCACAGGCAGAUCCUCACUGGCCGAGCAUGCAAGUCCCAGCCACGACCUCCGAGACAUGAAGACCCGGUUGGCUUGUCUCCUCCUCGUGGCAGCAGCAUGGGCUGCACCACCACCUGCUCCUCCCGUGGUCGGAAACGAUACCGAGAUAGGAAUAAGUCGUGACAAGAGAUAUUACGACUGCUAUGACCAUGGUAAUUGGUGUAAUAUGUGCGACCCAUGUGUCCCGUGCUACAACAACCAACACUGCUAUCAGUAUAACUGCUACGAUCCAUGUUGGGGCUGGACAACAUUGCCACCGGUUGAUCCCACUCCGCCAGUAUGGCCUACUGUCCCUCCUGUGUGGCCCACCAGACCACCCGUAGAUCCUACACCUCCAGUAUGGCCCACUGCCCCCCCUGUGUGGCCUACGAGACCUCCAAUUGAUCCAACACCACCACCUUGGUAUACAAGACCCCCUGUCGACCCCACGCCACCUCCAUGGCCCACCAGACCUCCAGUUGACCCCACGCCACCUCCAUGGUACACUAGACCUCCAGUUGACCCCACGCCACCUCCAUGGUACUAGACCCCAG